AUGAAUGUGAAUCACCAGGUAAAGGAGCUGGGCCACAGCGGACUGGAGGAGACACCAAGCACCAAACUCCAUAUAAGCAUCCUCUUGUUUUCCUAUUUAUCAUUCCUCGUGCUUGGGGCAAUUAUAUUUCAAGCUUUGGAGGAAGACUUUGAGGUGGAGCAGCGAAAGUUGGCAGUUAACCUGAAAAGUGAUUUUCUGAAACAUCAUGCUAAUUAUACUCUUCAUGAGGUCGAAAUGUUUGUGCAGACGAUGGGUUAUUUUGUAUUAUUGGGAAUACCUGCCACAGGAAAUAGAACUGCUGUUGUCUCUUGGACUUUUUUCAACUCAUUUGUAACUUCCGUAAUUAUCGUAACUACAAUAGGUUAUGGGACAGUUUUUCCUAGGACUACUGGUGGACAACUGUUCUGUAUUGUCUUUGCUGCAAUUGGAAUCCCUCUAACUAUCAUAGUCUUAAAUUGUAUUAGUAAAUUUAUUUUUCUGCCAUUUGAAAAACUUGGAAACUACCUUCAACAUAAGGGUGUAAAUGAGAGCUAUGUUACUCUUUGGAAGAUGGCACUUUUUAUUAUAACUGGAACUCUUUUGUUUCUGGCAUUACCACCAUUUGUUUUUACGUCAUUAGAGAAUUGGACUUAUAUUGAAGGAGUUUAUUAUUCAUUCACCACCAUAAGCACUAUUGGUUUAGGAGACUAUGCAAUAGCUUCAAAUCCGAUGAAAGAGAAUGAGAGCGUCACCUACUCAAUCUUAUUAUUAAUUUGGAAUGGCCAUGGUCUGGUCUGGCUUGCUAUUGUAUUUAAUUUGAUAACCAAAUUCUUUCACGUAAUGGAAUUGAAGCUGACUGAGGACUCAUCUGAAGUAGAACUUGAAAGAGAAGAAAAGAAGACAGAUGCUGAAAAUCAAUUUAUUUAG